AUGGCGGCGCCCGUGCGGCUCGCUGUGCUGGGGCUGCUCCUCCUGGGCCCGAGCGGCCGGGGCCGUGCAGAGUCCCCACGCGACAGCCUGCGGGAGGAGCUCGUCAUCACUCCGCUGCCUUCCGGGGACGUCGCUGCCACAUUCCAGUUCCGCACGCGCUGGGACUCGGAGCUGCAUCAGCAGGCAGUGUCUCAUUACAGGCUCUUCCCCAAGGCACUCGGGCAGCUGAUCUCCAAGUAUUCUCUGCAGGAGCUGCACCUGUCACUCACACAAGGCUUCUGGAGAACCCGAUACUGGGGACCUCCCUUCCUGCAGGCCCCCUCCGGGGCAGAGCUCUGGGUCUGGUUCCAAGACACCGUCACUGAUGUGGACAAAUCCUGGAAGGAGCUCAGCAACGUCCUCUCAGGCAUCUUCUGUGCCUCCCUCAACUUCAUCGACUCCACCAACACCGUCACUCCCACUGCCUCCUUCAAGCCCCUGGGCCUGGCCAAUGGCACAGAUCACGCCUUCCUGCGCUAUGCCGUGCUGCCCCGCGAGGUCGUGUGCACAGAGAAUCUCACCCCGUGGAAGAAGCUUCUGCCCUGUAGCUCCAAGGCAGGCCUCUCGGUGCUGCUCAAGGCCGACCGCUUGUUCCACACCAGCUACCACUCCCAGGCAGUGCAUAUCCGCCCUAUUUGCAGAGAUGCACGCUGCACCAGUGUCUCCUGGGAGCUGAGGCAGACGCUGACGGUCGUAUUUGACGCGUUCACCACGGGACAGGGGAAGAAAGACUGGUCGCUCUUCCGGAUGUUCUCCCGAACUCUCACGGAGCCCUGUCCCCUUGCUUCAGAGAGCCGUGUCUACGUGGACAUCAGCCAGGACAAUGAGACUCUGGAGGUGAGCCCAUCCCCGACCACCACAUACCAGGCCACCAUCCUGGGUGCCCGGAAGACCUACGCCGUCUACGACCUUCACGACCCGACUCUGAUCAACACCUCCCGCAACCUCAACCUCCAGCUCAAGUGGAAGAGAGUCCUAGAGAGUGAAGCCCCUCCGGCACCUUUCCUGCAUGCCCAGCGCUACGUCAGCGGCUACGGACUGCAGAAAGGGGAGCUGAGCACGCUCCUGUACAACACGCACCCGUACCGGGCCUUCCCCGUGCUGCUGCUGGACGCCGUGCCCUGGUACCUGCGGCUGUAUGUGCACACCCUCACCAUCACCUCCAGGGGCAAAGAGAACAAACCAAGUUACAUCCACUACCAGCCCGCCCAGGACCGGCUGCAGCCCCACCUCCUGGAGAUGAUGGUUCAGCUGCCCGCCAGCUCCGUCACCAAGGUCUCCAUCCAGUUUGAGCGGGCGCUGCUCAAGUGGACCGAGUACACGCCAGACCCCAACCACGGUUUCUAUGUCAGCCCCUCGGUGCUUAGUGCCCGUGUGCCCAGCAUGGUAACAGCCAGGGCGGUGGACUGGGAAGAGAGCCCCCUCUUCAGCACCCUGUUCCCCUUCUCGGACGACUCAAGCUACUUCGUCCGACUGUACACAGAGCCGUUGCUGGUGAGCCUGCCGACGCCCGACUUCAGCAUGCCCUACAAUGUCAUCUGUCUCACAUGCACCGUGGUGGCCGUGUGCUACGGCUCCUUCUUCAACCUCCUCACCCGCACCUUCUACAUCGAGGAGCCCAACAAGGGCGGCCUGGCCAGGCGGCUGGCCAACCUCAUCCGGCGCUUCAGAGGCGUCCCGCCACUCUGA